AUGGGUCCUCCUGGUAAUGGAAGACCUGUCACCGCUGCGGAGCAAUGGAAGCAACUCAUGGAAGAAGCCGGUUUCGAAGACGUUGUUGAGACCAUCUACAAAUGGCCCACAAACCGUUGGCCUCGAGACAAGCAUUACAAGGAUCUUGGCAUGUGGAGCUUAGAGAACAUGGACCAGGCCCUUGAGCCAGCCACGCUUGCUCCCCUCACAAGAGCUCUUGGCUGGAGUUACGAGGAGGUCAUCGUUCUCGUCAGCAAAGCCAGAAAGGUAUUGAGAGAUACGAGCGUACACGCAUACUGGCCGAUGUAA